AUGGCUUCUAGGAGAAACGUGGAAACAAAAAUCGAAAUAGAAGAAAAGUUUAAAUCUUUAAAUGAAACCUACAAAGUUUGUGCUUUUUCUUUAGCCAUCGCUUUUAUUUUUCCAAAUAAAACAACCUUAAGAAAGAGACUUCUAAUGAUAUUAUUCCUCAUAGCAAUAAAUUUUCUGGAACUCUACUGGUUCCUAUGGUACCUCUUCAUGUGUAUUAUCAGAAUGGACAUCUUCAAUUUCACUCGAAACAUGACUGUUGGCAUAAUAAUUAUGUUGUAUUUAUUUAAAGAGUUCUACGUCAUCUAUAUGAAUGAUGAGUUUGAGCACCUUCUUCAAGAUAUUGAUGACGAUUUACUUCGGCGCUACGAUUUUCCGGAUGAUAUUCAGGAUAUAUACAAUGAAUUUAUAAAGAAUGCAAAAAUUUCACAAGCAUGUUGGACUGUAAUACCGCUGUUAUUGGGAACACAAUUCACUAUAUACUCAGCCGUUUGCAUGAUCUAUGAAUAUAUGAAUACGGACCUAUGGACGCGAUAUAUGGUACACGAAAUGGAAUUACAUCCCAUACAACAUCUUCAAUACAAAUCUCCAUAUUUCGAGUUAAUUUUCGCCUACAAUUGUGUCCAGUCUUUGUUGCUGGCUACGAAUUUUUGUGGGUUUGACGGAUCAUUCUGCAUAGCAACUACUCAUAUGUGCCUUAAGUUGAAAAUAGUUGGACAUUCAAUACAGAAAUGCUUUAAAUACGAAACAAAUCGGCAUGAACUACGUAACAAAAUAAAAUAUCUCAUCGGAGAACAUCAAAAAGCUUUGGAAUUUUAUAAAAAUAUCCAAGUUGUCUAUAGCGGAUGGCUUUUUAUGGUUUUCCUGCUGACAUCACUGUUGAUAUCAUUUAACGUUUUUCAAAUAUACUACACCCAGAGAGUAGAUCCCAAAAAUACCAUAUUCGCUUUGAGCGCGGUUAUGCACAUGUUCCUUCCUUGUUACCAUGCAAGCAGUUUAAUACAGGCCAAUGAUGAUUUCUGUACAGACCUUUAUGAUGCUCAAUGGGAAACCACUGGCGAUCCUGUGGUGACCAGAUACCUGAUGUUCAUAAUAGCCAGGUCACAGAGACGCCUCAUACUAACAGGCAAAGGGAUUGUGGUAUUUAAUAUGCAGCUAUUCUUGUCCAUACUUCAAACCUCUUACUCUUUCUUUACAUUAAUCACGAGAAAAUAA